CUCCUCAGAAUGAAACGAUCACAUCCCUGUUCCUCUUCCACCGAACAACCCCCAUCCCUCUCUUAACCUGCGCCCUAUCCCGCCCCUUAACCUGCGCACCCUUCCACCCCUCAAAACUAGGGCGCUUUGUCUCGAUUUGCAGUAAGUCCUUCCCUUCCCAAUUCCUAAUUCCCAUCCCCCUCGCCCCCUCCUCCCUCAUCUCAUCUUGUCCUGCUAUAAAGUCUGUACAGCAACAAUCUCCCCCUCCCUUGUCGGGGUCCGGAGUAGGAGAGAUAGGUCUUCUUUUGAGAGAUGUGGGAUGCUUGGAACUUGGAUGAAAGUCUUGUCUCUCUGUUGGAAGCCUUUUGGCGUCAAUGUUGUUGAUGGUGGUGUUGAGGGCAGAGAUGGUUUGCUCUGGUUUCGUGACCUCGGUCGCUAUGCAUUUGGUGAUUUCUCCAUGGCCGUUAUCCAGGCCAACCAAGUCCUCGAAGACCAGAGCCAGAUCGAGUCUGGUCCUUUCGGUGCCUUCGUCGGUGUCUACGAUGGUCAUGGAGGUCCCGACGCUGCUCGUUACGUUUGCGAUCACCUCUUCCGUAAUUUUCAAGAGAGAUCAGCUGAGGCCCAGGGUGUGACAUGUGAGACCAUCCGAAGAGCCUUUCUUCAAACAGAGGAAGGAUUUACUGCACUUGUUUCUGAGCUAUGGAACAGCCAACCACAUAUGGCAACAGUUGGGGCGUGCUGUUUAGUUGGAGUGAUCUGUCAGAGGACACUCUAUGUGGCAAACCUUGGAGAUUCCCGUGUUGUACUUGGGAAGAAAGUUGGUAACACUGGCGGUGUUGCUGCUAUACAGUUGUCAACUGAACACAACGCUAACUUGGAGGCUGUGAGACAAGAGCUUAGAGAUUCUCACCCAAAUGACCCUCAAAUAGUUGUUCUUAAGCAUGGAGUUUGGAGGGUAAAAGGCAUUAUUCAGGUGUCUAGAUCUAUAGGUGAUGUAUAUAUGAAGCAUGCACAGUAUAAUAGAGAACCAAUCAAUGCGAAAUUCAGGCUAUCUGAACCAAUGAAUAUGCCUAUUUUGACUGCCAAUCCAUCUAUUAUCUCUCAUCCUCUCCAACCAAAUGAUUCUUUCCUCAUAUUUGCAUCUGAUGGUCUAUGGGAGCACUUGAGCAAUGAAAGAGCUGUGGAUAUUGUCCAGAAUAAUCCACAUUCAGGAAGUGCUAGAAGGCUCAUCAAGGCUGCUCUACAAGAAGCAGCUAGAAAACGUGAGAUGCGAUUCUCGGAUCUUCAGAGGAUUGACAAGAAGGUUCGACGCCACUUCCAUGAUGAUAUAACCGUUAUUGUUUUGUUCUUAAAUCAUGACCUUAUUUCUAGAGGAUCAAUACAAGAAGGCCCUUCACUUUCUCUCCGAAGUGCUCUGGAGCACUGAUAACUUUGAGAAAAAAACUAUGAACUAUGAUACUUCUACUAUCCAAUAUUUUGGUCAUUACCCAGAAGAGCAUGUUUAUGAUUUAUCAAAAAUUUCUUCCAUGAAAAUGAUUGCUGAGCCUGAGAGUGGCACCUGACAAAGCAGUUGCUGCAGAGAUUUUUCCCCCACCUUUUUCGCUGAUACGGAGGCUAAUGCAGUUCCAGGAGACUUGUAAUCUGUAAAAUGUUUCAGUGUAUUUGUUAGGAAACAAUUCACGUGUCCCUGUAGUUCCCUGAUCUAUUUAUUCGAACUUGCAAUCUCUCUCUCUCUCACACAAUUACUACAUUUUUAGUUUAAUUCCUGAAUCCUGAUCUCAAUAUUUCCAUUUUUUUGUGAGAACAAUAUAUUUACAUUGACAGUUUUAUAAUUGCUUUGUCUUUUAGUG